AUGGCGAACUACAGCAGUCAAUACAUCCCCAACUUUGCAACAAUCACUGCCCCCCUCCGUCUCUUAACGAAAAACGACACACCAUUUGUGUGGACCACGGCACAUAAAAACGCGUUCGACAACCUGAAAGCCGCUCUAACGUCAGCUCCAUGCAUGGCGUAUUUCGACAUCCAUAAAGAAACAUUUGUUGUCGUCGACGCGAGCCCUGUCGGGGUAUCGGCUAUCCUCUCACAAAAAUCGUCAAAUGUCGCAAAUUCCAAAGUCAUUGCUUACGCCAGUCGUGCCUUAUCGCCCGUCGAAACACGUUACUCCCAAACCGAACGAGAAGCCCUCGCUAUCGUCUGGGCUGUCGAACAUUUCCACAUGUUCCUGUUUGGACAUCAUUUUACGUUGGUAACCGACCACAAACCCCUUGAAAUCAUUUACGGCACCACCAGGUCGAAACCGUCUGCACGUAUAGAACGUUGGGUUCUGCGAUUACAACCGUACCACUUUAACGUCAUCUACAAACCUGGUGCCACCAACCCCGCUGAUUAUUUAUCACGUCAUCCUGCAUCACCACGCAUGUCACACCCGGAUCGCAUGGCUGAAGAAUAUGUCAACUUCAUUGAACGACACACUGCCCCCCGCGCCAUGCCACUCGACGAAAUUGCCACAGCUACACGUGCAGAUAACACUCUGUCCAGUGGUCCACCGACAUUCUGA